AUGGAUAUGCACGCCCAGCAGCAGCGGUCUGCGCCUGCCAAGGCGGCCGGCCUGACAAACAUCCUCAACCAAGACGAUCAGCCGCCAUCGCGCAAGGCUCCUUUGCCUCAGCUUCGCGACUCUGGCUUCUAUUCGACGGCCGAGGCGCCUAGCAAGCAUACCUCGGCUGCCUCGUUCAUCGUCAACGGGCUCAGCCCCACUGCUUCUGGCUACCAGUCGUCGUCUGCGGACAAGACGCCUUCGCCUGUCGCCGCCAACAUGGUGCCGCAAGCCCUCGUCUCCCCCUCUGCUAGCAACAUGAGUGUCGCUUCGAUGGUUUCGCCCACGAGCCCUGGUGCUCUCGAUCAGCGUCGAUUCGAUCGGCCGACGUCACUCGAGUCGCAGGGCCACGGCGGGGCCUCGUUGGGGGAUAAUCUCAUGGCUGGGGUUUCGGCGGCGAGGCGCGAGAGCGUUGACAGCAGAAUCAACCAAGGCUUCAGCGACAUGCGCUUGGGCGGCUCGCCAUACACGAGCAACAACCAAUCCACGACGUCGAUCCAGAAUACUCUCCACUCCCAACGGAACCCCCGCCCCGGGCUCGAGGCAUUGUCGGUGCACAGGAUUUCAAACGGCUACCAGCCGAGCGCAGACAGAAAUCCGGAACCCAAGACGGUCAAGACGGCGCCAGCCAUCACAGGCCCUGCCACCGGCCACAUUGCCCGAGCCGCGGAGCCGACUAAGGGUCAAGCAUGGGCGUUCCCCGAGGAGGAGAUUCAGAGAGUAGGGCCGCCGGGCCUGUACGAUGAUUCGAGGCGGAGCAGCAUCACCGAGUCGAUUGCUAGCAGCCAAUUCACCACGGAAUCACGCUUGCCGCCCGGUCAGCGCAGACUCGAGGAUGGCUCGGAGCACGGUCGCCUGUCCCACAUCACGACCGACUUCCCGCCCGUUCAUCACCAUAGCAUGCAGCAUAAGCAGCUCAGUGACCUCCAGGCAGAGGAAAACAACGGUGCCACCGGGUCUCAGCCUUACAGUCGGACGCCGGAGCUGAGGGUCAGCCACAAGCUGGCCGAGCGGAAGCGACGGACUGAAAUGAAGGAGCUAUUUGACCAAUUGCGGGAUCUGAUGCCCCAGGAGCGCGGAUCAAAAGCUUCCAAGUGGGAGAUCCUGACUAAAGCCAUUGCGGAGCACCAGCGACAGAGCGAGCAUCUUCGACUGCUGCAAUCCCACUACAACACCGCACUGGCCGAGAACGAGAUGCUUCGCCGCGAGCUGCACAGCCUGCGAGGGGAUGGCGCACAUUCGAGCAGCCAUCCCCCUCAAGGGCCGCAACAGGGCUCACAGCCUGGACCGUACACGUCCGAUCCGUACGCUGGCGCAAGCCGCACAGAGCUGCCACCGCUUCGGUCCAUCAGCAACAGCAUACCCAACGGACCAGACUCGAUGACUGGUGUCCAGUACGAGGCACCUCGCGUCAAUGGAUACCGACACGAGCGAUACUGA